CGCUUCAAUUUCACGCCUUUUCCUAAAUUCGAUUGCUUUGCUGGAUCAUCAUCAUUCCUCAUCCUCAAAAUUCGUCUCUCCGUCUCUCUUACAUCGUUUUUAUUUUCAUUUCCGAAAAAAAAUUCCUGAUUUCUCCGAUGAGAUCUCCAGGAAAGCCGAUGUCACCUUCUCCGACGGAUACUUCAAUGGCCAUAGUGACUUUCGAUAAGUCCACUACUCAGUACUCUUCGUCUCCGUCGCCGCCACAUUCACUUGAUCAUUCCAGUGAAUCUGAGGAAGACGAUAAAUGUAGACUCGAGAGCAGGAGGAACAAGAUUCCGGCGAAAGAAGAAGCAAAGGCUGAGGAAACUCCAUCUCCGAUUGUGGUAGCUCACAAUCACAAUCACAAUCGCUCUGUGAAAGAAUUCGUUACUCCUGUGGUGACGACGAGGAAGAGUGCACGAGUGGGUUCCGGAAGAGGCAAUGGACAACGAUCAGGAGCUGUUUUGGCUAUCCUGAGGAGAUCCAAGAGAGAGGAGGUAGUAAAGUAUUCAGCUUUAGGGUUUCGGCUAAGUGAGGUCGUUCUGGCUUUGAUUUCUUUCUCAGUCAUGGCUGCUGAUAAAACCCAAGGUUGGAGUGGCGAUUCUUUCGAUCGUUACAAGGAGUAUAGGUUUUGUCUGUCUAUGAACGUGGUUGCUUUUGUAUAUUCUGCUUUUCAAGCAUGUGACUUAGCGUACUAUCUUGUGAAAGAGAAGCACUUGAUCAACCACCACCUUCGACCUCUGUUUGAGUUCAUCAUAGAUCAGGUGCUUGCAUAUCUGCUUAUAUCUGCCUCAACCGCUGCAGUUACUCGUGUUGACGACUGGGUAUCAAACUGGGGAAAAGACGAAUUCACGGAGAUGGCUAGUGCCUCGAUUGCUAUGUCCUUCUUGGCCUUCCUUGCAUUUGCUUUCAGUUCCCUCAUAUCAGGCUAUAACCUCUUUAACCAAGACUCUUUCUGAUCGUCCCCAUUUUUUGUACAGUUGUCCCAGACCCAAGAAAACACUCCUUGUGUGAAUGUAUUUAUAUAUUCUUAGAAAUAAAGAUCAGUACAUCUUAGCAUUGUAAUUAUUAUUCUAUUUAUGAGAUUUUGUCGACUAUAAAGGAUUCAAGACACUGUAAUAUUUGAGGUUGAUGAGCAUAAAGAUCUCUUUUAAUUA